ACGAUGCUGUAACUAGAGAUUUAACAUUUAACCAGGACCCCUCAGGUGUUAAAUGAUGGAGGUGGCUGAGCUUCUGCAGCUGGACGUGUGCGGCGCGGUGCGGUCAACAGCGCCCAACAGCGCCGGCGUUUAGCGGAAAGAUGGCGACCAGAGUCCUUCAAACACUGGGCAACAGCCUUAAACACACGAGAAAUGGGCUCUACGCGCCCGGACAGGUCACGGUGGCUGUAAGGAGCCUCUCGGCGUAUCGUGAAGACAGCUGGUUAAAGUCUCUGUUUGUCAGAAAGGUCGACCCACGAAAAGACGCUCACUCUCACCUGCUGGCGAAGAAAGAAGACAACAACUUGUACAAAAUACAGUUUCACAAUGUCAAGCCUGAGUGCCUUGAUGAUUACAAUAAACUUUGUGAGGAUGUUUUGUCUUCCAUCCAUGCUGAUCCAGAAUAUCCCUGUGAGCUGGUGGGAACCUGGAACACCUGGUAUGGAGAGCAGGAUCAGGCAGUUCACCUGUGGAGAUAUCGUGGAGGAUACCCGGCUCUCACCGAAGUCAUGAACAAACUCAGGCAGAAUAAGGUGUUCAUGGACUACAGAAAUGAGAGGGGAAAGAUGCUGCUGUCUCGCAGGAACCAGCUGCUGCUGGAGUUUAGUUUUUGGGGCGAACCUGCCCCUCGUUCAGGACCCAACAUCUACGAGCUCCGAUCAUACCAACUCAGGCCAGGAACAAUGAUCGAGUGGGGAAAUUAUUGGGCACGGGCUAUUGAGAUUCGUCAGCAGAACCAGGAAGCAGUUGGAGGCUUCUUCUCUCAGAUUGGAAGUCUGUACACAGUUCACCACCUAUGGGCUUACAAGGAUCUUCAGUCCAGAGAAGACAUCAGAAAUGCAGCCUGGCAACGUGAAGGCUGGGAUGAGGUCGUUUAUUACACAGUUCCUCUGAUUCAGCACAUGGAGUCUAGAAUAAUGAUUCCCAUGAAGACUUCGCCCUUGAAGUAGCCAAACACCAGGGGAACCUGUCAUCAGCCACUGCAACUAUCACACUGACCCAUAGAGUGCAACCAAUGCCAGAAUGGACACCGUCAGGGAUAUUUUCUUUUCUUUACUCCCUUUUUUGUAUGCUCCAACAACAAUGUCACAUUCAUCAGCGAACCCGUACAUGUUACUGCACUGUUACUGAUCCAUUAAUCUGCUGUGUGCAGAAGAAAAUACAAUUUGAGACACUUCCCCUCUUGCUCUCUCAUUUAUAAAAAGUGAUUUUAAAUGGCUUGACACGUUUUAUAUUUAAAAAUAUACUUUUCAGUGAUUGGGUGUUGAUACUGAAUGAAUAUGAACAGUUCUAGUGCUGGUCACGGGCUGAAAAUGUAUUUAAAAUGUGUUUCAGAAGAAAAGCCAACCAGUCUUGAGUAUCACACAACAAAACACUGCACCCAGAGCCAAGUAAAAGCAAAUGAACGUAUAAAAGGGAAGGGUCACUUCAAACAAAGAGGAGUGUGUUGUUUACAAAUCAGUGUGACAAUUUUGGUGAAGAAUAAAGCUGAUUUGGAGGAUAUGUUCGCAGUCAGAUUUUAAACUGGGUAGACAUUCACCGGGUUUCCCUCCUGUACGUUAACUGAAUGUUACACAGCUUUCACCCCACCUGCUGAUUAGUAUUGUAUCAGAAUUUUGAACUGAAACGGACGGACUGAAGGACUCAGAGACAAAGAAGUUGAUUAGCUAGAACAAGAAUCUGAAUUUACUUAACAGCACAUUUUAUUUCUGAAGGAUAUGUGAAGUGUCUAGUUGUUGGGUGAAGUUGAUCUGAAUUUUAGAUUGAAGCUAUUUUAGAUCUUGUCAAACUGAUUACAACUUCAGAUUUAGGUUGUGAUGCUUCUGCCUUUUCCAGCUGUGAAAAUGUUAAUUUCAUUAGAACUAACUAAUAUGUCUGUACACUGACUGGUUUGGUCUGUCUUUAUACCAGGAAAUGAAUGCCAGCAGGGCGAUUGUGUGCUCUAAUUGAGAUUGUUUUUUGUUUGAUUAAUGGUCAGGUUGUAGAUUAUUAUUAUAGUAGGCUUAUUGAUCAAGCCAAAUGUUUAAUCAUAUCAGUAAUACCAGUGGGCUGAGUUAAACUAUUUGAUAAACAUAGUGGCAGGACGAUAGUGAUGUUUCACCGGUAAUUGUAAAAUGCAGUGCUUUAAUAAAAUAAAUUGUACAUAAGAAAUUAAACUUAUUAGGAAAAAUGUUA